UUACGACGAAGGAAAACUUACCGUUUCUGGUAAAUCCGUGAAUGAACGUAAAAGUGAAGGAGAUCGUGGAAACCACAGAUGGUCUGAACGUCGCUUUGGAUCCUUCUCCCGAACUAUCUCCAUCCCCAGCAGGAUCGAUUCCGACCGUAUUGAAGCCCAAUUUUCCAAUGGCAUUUUGAGUAUUGUUUUGCCCAAGAUUGAGCAGUCCCGCUCUAAGAAACAAAUCGCCAUCAAUUAAGCUGAAGGGCUAGUGGUAUAGAGUUUAUGAUGAUAUGAUUGUAUUCUAAUGAGAAUUUAUAAUGGCAUAAUGGCUUUUUAAUAUAGCAUAGUGGUUUAAUAAAAAGUUACUCAUUUCAUUAUUGUUUAUAUCCGUUAGCACCGUGAUGCUAUGAAGUCUAAAAUUUAAAUUGUUCAGUCUCUGUGGUUCUUUAUUAUUUGCAUGCUUUU